AAGAUGGAGGUAGAGGGCGGUGUAUUAAUUUCUGUCAUGCAGUUUUCUUCUAUUUAACCGCGAACCGAGGGACAAUUUUAGUGCAAAAUAGCAUCAUGUCAUCAGACAGUGAGUUGGACGAGUUUUACGAUGCAGAAGAGGACACUCCUGUCAAGUUUGUGAGUGGAGCCUAUAACAAAGAUGACGAUCUAGAGAAAGAGGAGAGACAGCUUCUGGAAUUGAAGAGAUUGGCAGAGGAAAAACGAAGACAAGAAGAUGAAGAGUUGCAAAAACGACUGGCUGAUAUUGAGAAAAGAAAGGAGGAACAACUGCGUUUGGAAGCAGAGAAGAGAUUGGAAUUAGAAAACAAAAAGAAGAAACUAGAAAAGAUGAGAAAACUUAUGCACCAAGAAAGCACACCAUUUUCUACUCCAUCCAAAGAGGAAGAAGGUGAAGGUGAGGUCAAGGAUACUCAGAGGUCAUCUGAAACAAAGGCUGCAACCUUGGAGGAAGCUGCAGUGGCUAUCCAAACUGAACAAAUAGGAGGUGGAAUAGAUGACACAGCUGAAAAGAGAAAAGAGAUUGUGAUGGACAUACAUAAAGGGUUAAGUGAUGUACAGGAAAAAGUUGAAUCUGUGAUACAUGAACUUACAAACAAUUUGGAUUUGACAGGUCAUGGUGAUGGGUCAGGUCAAGGUCAUGAGUCGGGUCAAGGUCAUGGUGACGCUGGUGGUUCAGGUUUUUCGAAUUUUUCCCCAGACCUGAACUCGAUGUCUGCCCAAGGUGAUGAUGUAAAUCUUGACAGUCAGACUCGAACAGUGGAGAAAAACUCCGCUAAGAAUAAAACCAUACCUCACAUCAGACAUACAGGAGCAAGCACAGCUGAUGGUGCCAAAAGAGGCACAUGGCCGAAGCAGGGUAGCUACGGAGGUGGAGGAGGGGACAGAGUCCGCAUGGAUUCAGACUCUGAAAACGAGCCGGACAUUGUGAGGAGCACCAAGCAUCGUUCUGCAGUUGAAAUGCCAGCACCAGUGGCUCCACCUAGGAGAAGGAAAAAAAUUAAGAGCAUGGCAGAAGAGGUUGUAAGUUCGGAGGUGUGA